GCGAAUUUCAAGGUGACAUCUUUCCAAAUUCUAUCCAGACACAGCUUCACCCAAACAGCCAUCCAUCAUGGCCUCGAUCGCGGCAUCUUUGGCGUCGGCCCUCCCGAAACCCAAGUACACUGGAGAAGAUGAAGAUAUACCUUCGCGCGCCCAACAACGCGGCCCGCGUAUCGUCGGGGCUGGCCAGCUGGACGAGACGCAAAUCGUGCUGAAGCGAUCCGGCCCUCCUCCCUACCAGCAGCGAGCAGGAUGGCGACCGCGAGGACCCGAGGACUUUGGCGACGGCGGCGCGUUUCCCGAGAUCCCGAUUGCUCAAUACCCUCUCGACAUGGGAAAGAAGGGGGCGACAACCAGCAACGCGCUCGCCAUCCAGGUCGACAGCGAGGGCAAGCUCGACUACGGGGCCAUUGCGCGUCAAGGCCACAGCGAAAGCCGAAUCGUUCACACCUCGUUCAAGGACCUCAUUCCUCUUCGCCAACGCGCAGAUGCGGGCGAGAUCGACCUGAGCAGGCCGAGUCAAGAAGAGGUGGCAGCGACGGCGGAAAAAACAAAGAACGCGCUGGCGGCCUUGGUCAGCGGCGCCGUAGCCUCGCAGAAGCCGAAGACCCUCAGCGUCGGGAGGCGAAACGACCCUACAUUCGUGCGAUACACGCCGGCAGACCAGAUGGGAGACCACUCUAAGAAGCAAGACCGUAUCAUGAAGAUCGUCGAGAGACAGAGAGAUCCGCUGGAGCCCCCCAAGUUCAAGCACAAGAAGAUUCCCCGCGGCCCCCCAAGCCCGCCUCCUCCGGUCCUGAGGUCGCCGCCACGGAAGUUAACGGCCAAGGACCAGGAGGAUUGGCGCAUCCCCCCACCGGUGUCCAACUGGAAGAACCCCAAGGGUUUCACGGUCCCUCUGGACAAGAGAUUGGCAGCCGACGGGCGCGGGCUGCAGGACGUGGCGAUCAACGACAAGUUCGCCCAGUUCUCCGAAGCCCUGUACGUCGCGGACAGGCACGCCCGCGAAGAGGUCAGGCAGCGUGCAGCCAUGCAACAGCGCCUGGCGGAGAAGGAAAAGGCACAAAAGGAAGAGAACCUUCGGAUGCUGGCCCAGAAGGCUCGCGAAGAGCGUGCCGGCGCCGGCAGGCGGGACUCGAGGUCACGGUCGCGUUCGCGGUCACGCAGCUACAGCGGCUCCGACUCGGAGGACUCGGAGGACUCGGAGAUCCGGGAAAGAGAGAGAGCGAGGAAGGAGAGGAUGCGCGAAGAGGAGAGGAAGCUCCGGCAAUCACGCAUGGGAGCCGAGAGGAGGGUCCAGGUCAUGGCCAGGGAGCAAAACCGAGACAUUUCAGAGAAGAUCGCCCUCGGCCUCGCCAAACCCACACAGUCCAAGGAAACCAUGUACGACUCGAGGCUGUUCAACCAGUCGAGCGGCUUCGACAGCGGUUUCAACGAGGACAACCACUACGACAAGCCGCUCUUUGCGGCACAAGAAGUCAUCAGCAGCAUCUACCGGCCAAGGGCCAACAUGGAUGACGAAGAGGACGAGGCCGCGGGCGACAGGGAGAUGGCCAAGAUUCAGAAGUCUAGCCGCUUCGGCGAGGCUCUGGGCAGAGGCACUUUCAAGGGCACAGAAGACGUUGAGGCAAGGGAGGGUCCCGUGCAGUUCGAGAAGGACGCGGGAGAUCCUUUCAACGUUGACAAGUUCCUGUCCGAGGUGGAGCAAAACUCUUCGUCGAAGAGGGGAUACGGACUUCAGGACGACGAUUCCCGGCAGCCCAAGCGGGCGCGGGUAGAAGAGGACGACGACGAGUAGAGAGGCGGAAUCAACAUAGGAGCACUCCGGCAGUGAGGUCCGUUGCAGGACAGGGUGGGAGUUUUUUUGGCUGGCACAUGGAGAUGACGGCUCAUCCAUAGCAUUAGAUACGGGCCGUAAGCUGCGACAUUGCAGGCGCUUCAAUGCGGCAUGAUGCAAGAGAAGUAAAGAAAAAAGGAAAAGAAAAAAGGUAAUUUGAUGAGCUAGCUGUGUACAGAAGCCGUUGCGAGGCUCGGUGACGGGAGACGGCGGCUGCCUGCGCAGACGCGGCCGGUUUUUGAAGGGCAGGGAACCGAUCUGGCGAGCUCGCAGCGACGUUUGUCGUUUCAGGGAACGUCGAGUUCAUGCGGACCUGGUUCUAUUGUUUGGCGGUUCUGCUCCGGCUCGACGAGUUAAAGCCGAAAACUGGACGGGACCCAAGGGGAGAG